CACCAUGGCUAAAGACCUCCAAACUCCAAAAGAUUUCCAAGAAAACCAAUCACCAAACAUCAAUUCUCCUCUUCCAAAUGAAUGCAAAACCCCAAAAUCUCCUUCAUGUAGGAUUCCCAAAGCUGUUAACUGUCCUGGUGCUCCUAAGAAACCGAAAAGGGCAAAUCGGUCAUUGUGCAAGAGAAGAUUGCGAUUUGAGAUUGUCGUCAUGGUUGCUGAGGAAGAAAUCGAUUCAUUUUUCAGGAAUGCUGAAGAUGCUAACAAUGGUUGUAACAAGAUCAUGAAAAGAAGACGUAGCAUGUAA